AUGAAAAUCACAUUUUUAGUUGGAUUCAUCUGCGCUUUGUGCCUCAUCAGUGUCGCCAAGGCCGCACCUGCCGAUGGAGAUAAAGUGGAGGAGCCAGAAGCCGUUAAUCCUUCGAGUGAAGAAUUGCAGCAAGAAGCAGUUAAUGCUUCCAGUGGAGAAGUAGCAGCUGAAAAUCCCGAUAAUACAGAUCGUGAGAACAUUUUGAGUUGUAGUGGUGGCUCGUGGGCCUGUUGGACGCGUUGCUUUGGUCACGGAUACUUGCUCGGCGGUUACUGCACCAAUCGUGGAGUCUGUGUUUGUAUCUAG